UGCUCUGCCCUCCCCUUCUCUCCACGCCCUCAGUUGUUGAAAAGCCUGGGAACAGGGGGAAAGUACUCCUCUUUGAAUGGCAGGACCUGCACGAUGUGGAGCUUCAGUUUUCUCCUCUUUUGGGGGUGUUGUGGUAUAUACACCUGGGGGAUGCUCACAUUACCCACACUGGGAUCAAUGACAAGGCAUGAACGGCCACGGCGGUCAUCGUCGAGUCUUGAUGGGAAUGGGUGUACAGAUACCACCAUGUGUCCGGCAUAUGCAACCUGCACCAACACCUCAAGAAGUUACUACUGCUCUUGCAAAAGAGGCUUCCUGUCCAGCAAUGGAUUGAAGAUAUUUAAGGACCCAGGAGUGGAAUGCAAAGAUAUAGAUGAAUGUUCUCAAAGUCCCACACCAUGUGGUCCUAACUCAAUCUGCAGAAAUAUGCCUGGGAGAUAUAGGUGCAGCUGUAUGACUGGUUUCUCUUCUCCCACUGGAAAUAACUGGACCCCAGGAAAGCGAGGUCAUUUCACCUGUAGAGAUGUGGACGAAUGUGCCAAUCCCAGAAGUUGCCCAGAGCAUUCAACUUGCCACAACAGUCCUGGAAGUUACUCUUGUGUCUGCAACUCUGGUUUUCAAUCCAGAAGUGGAAGGAAAAGUUUCCAGGGGCUAAAAGAGAUGUGUCAAGAUGUGGAUGAAUGUGCGAGUCCCAGAAUUUGCCCAGAGCAUUCGACUUGCCACAACAGUCUUGGAAGCUACUCUUGUGCCUGCAACCCAGGAUAUAUCUCCAGAAGUGGAAAGAAGAGUUUCCAGGGACCAGGGGAGACAUGUCAAGAUGUGGAUGAAUGUGCCAAUCCCAGAAGUUGCCCAGAGCAUUCGACUUGCCACAACAGUCUAGGAAACUAUUCUUGUGUCUGCAACCCGGGUUUUCAAUCCAGAAGUGGAAGGAAAAGUUUCCAGGGACCAGGAGAGAUGUGUCAAGAUGUGGAUGAAUGUGCGAGUCCCAGAAUUUGCCCAGAGCAUUCGACUUGCCACAACAGUCUUGGAAGCUACUCUUGUGCCUGCAACCCAGGAUAUAUCUCCAGAAGUGGAAAGAAGAGUUUCCAGGGACCAGGGGAGACAUGUCAAGAUGUGGAUGAAUGUGCCAAUCCCAGAAGUUGCCCAGAGCAUUCGACUUGCCACAACAGUCUAGGAAACUAUUCUUGUGUCUGCAACCCGGGUUUUCAAUCCAGAAGUGGAAGGAAAAGUUUCCAGGGGCCAGGAGAGAUGUGUCAAGAUGUGGAUGAAUGUGCGAGUCCCAGAAUUUGCCCAGAGCAUUCGACUUGCCACAACAGUCUUGGAAGCUACUCUUGUGCCUGCAACCCAGGAUAUAUCUCCAGAAGUGGAAAGAAGAGUUUCCAGGGACCAGGGGAGACAUGUCAAGAUGUGGAUGAAUGUGCCAAUCCCAGAAGUUGCCCAGAGCAUUCGACUUGCCACAACAGUCUAGGAAACUAUUCUUGUGUCUGCAACCCGGGUUUUCAAUCCAGAAGUGGAAGGAAAAGUUUCCAGGGGCCAGGAGAGAUGUGUCAAGAUGUGGAUGAAUGUGGGAGUCCCAGAAGUUGCCCAGAGCAUUCGACUUGCCACAACAGUCUUGGAAGCUACUCUUGUGCCUGCAACCCAGGAUAUAUCUCCAGAAGUGGAAAGAAGAGUUUCCAGGGACCAGGGGAGACAUGUCAAGAUGUGGAUGAAUGUGCCAAUCCCAGAAGUUGCCCAGAGCAUUCGACUUGCCACAACAGUCUUGGAAACUACUCUUGUGUCUGCAACCCGGGUUUUCAAUCCAGAAGUGGAAGGAAAAGUUUCCAGGGACCAGGAGAGAUGUGUCAAGAUAUAGGUGAAUGUUCUCAAACGCCCCCACCUUGUGGUCCUAACUCAAGCUGCAGAAACUUGCCAGGAAGGUAUGAGUGCAGCUGUUUGACUGGUUUCUCUUCUCCCACUGGAAAUAAUUGGAUCCCUGGAAAGUCAGGUCAUUUUACCUGCACAGAUGUGGAUGAAUGUGCCAAUCCCAGAAGUUGCCCAGAGCAUUCAACUUGCCACAACAGUCUUGGAAGCUACUCUUGUGUCUGCAACACUGGAUAUGAAUCCAGAAGUGGAAAGAAGAAUUUCCAGGGACCAGGAGAGACAUGUGAAGAUGUGGACGAAUGUUCCAGGAACUCAACUCUUUGUGGUCCCAGUUCUGUCUGCACCAACCUCCCAGGAAAAUACAGCUGCUCCUGCUUGCCGGGGUUCUUUUCACCUGGUGUGUGGACCCCUGAAAAACCUGAGGCUUUCAAGUGUGCAGAUAUUGACGAGUGCCUUCAGGAUCCCUCACGAUGCGGCCCAAAUUCUGUCUGCACCAACACCCUGGGCUCCUACAGCUGUGGCUGCGUUGUAGGCUUUCAUCCCAAUCCAGAAGGCUCCGGGAAACACGGCAACUUCAGCUGCCAAAGGAUUCCCUUCAAGUGUAAAGAUGAUGUGAUACACAACAACACGCAGGUCCAGUUAUGCCAUGUGGGAGCAGAGGUGGAGCCUAAAAAUGUUUCCUUUUGUGCGCUGAUAAAUGCCACCCUCAGCGUUCUGGACAAUGUCUGUGAAAACAAAACCACCGUCGUCUCUCUGAAGAGUACGGCUAAGAGAUUUGCUUCUGUGAUUGAAAAAACAUCCAAGUGGUCCAACUUCACCAAAGAAGAGACCUCUACGCUGGCCACAGUCUUGAUGGAGAGCGUGGAAAGCACCAUGUUGGCAGCUUUUCUGAAACCCUCAGCGAAUGUCAGUCAGACUAUUCAGACGAAACACUUAGAUAUGGAGAGCAAAGUGAUUGGCAAAAAAUGCACUAAAGAGAAUGAGACGUUUAAGUUGAAAGCAAAAGGGGAUGAAAUGAAGAUUUGGUGUUCCACAAUCGAAGAAUCUGAAUCCACAGGGAUCAACGGGGUGGCUUUCGUUUCCUUUGCGGGUAUGGAGUCUAUUUUGGAUGAGCGCUUCUUGAAAGAUCUUCAGAUCCCCUGGGCCAUCUCCAAGAAGAAGCUGAAGAUGAAUUCUCGUGUUGUUGGGGGCAUCAUAACAGGAGGGAAGAAAGACGGGUUCUCUAAACCAGUCAUCUAUACUCUGGAGAACAUUAAGCCAAAGCAGGAUUUUGAGAGUGCUAUCUGCGUUUCCUGGAAACCGGACGUGGAGGGAGGCAGAUGGACAGCAUCAGGCUGUGUGCUCCUUGAAGCUUCCAAGACGCAUACUGUCUGCGGCUGUAACCGAAUGGUGAACUUGGCCGUCAUCAUGGCUUCCGGGGAGGUCACGAUGGAGUUCACCCUGUACCUCAUUAGUCACGUGGGCACGAUCAUCUCACUGGUGUGUCUUGCCAUGGCCAUCAUCACCUUCCUUCUGUGCCGCACCCUCCGAAACCAGAACACCUACAUCCACCUGCAUCUCUGCAUAUGCCUCUUCUUGGCCAAGAUGCUGUUUCUCACUGGUGUGGACAAGACUGACAGCCAGAUCGGCUGCGCCCUCAUCGCAGGCUUUCUGCACUACCUUUUCCUUGCGUGCUUCUUCUGGAUGCUGGUGGAGGCUGUGAUGCUCUUCCUUAUGGUCCGGAACCUGAAAGUGGUGAAUUACUUCAGUUCUCGAAACAUUAAGAUGCUGUAUCUCUGCGCCUUUGGCUAUGGGCUCCCGGGGCUGGUGGUGGCUGUCUCUGCUGGCUUACAACCACAGGGUUAUGGGAUGUAUAAUCGCUGCUGGCUGAAUACAGAAACGGGGUUCAUCUGGAGCUUCCUGGGGCCGGUGUGCACAAUUAUAGUGGUCAAUUCCAUCCUCCUGACUUGGACACUAUGCAUCCUGAGGCAGAAGCUUUCUAGUGUCAAUGCGGAAGUCUCCACACUCAAAGACACCAGGUUGCUGACCUUCAAAGCCUUUGCCCAGAUCUUCAUCUUGGGGUGCUCCUGGGUGUUAGGCAUUUUCCAAAUUGGACCCAUGGCCAAUAUCAUGGCUUAUCUGUUCACCGUCAUCAACAGCUUGCAGGGGGCCUUCAUCUUUCUCAUUCAUUGUGUGCUCAGCCGCCAGGUACGGGAAGAAUACAGAAGAUGCAUGACCAGGAAGACCAAACCCAGCUCUGAGACCCAGACCUCAGGGAUCUUACUGUCGUCCGUUCCCUCCACUUCCAAAACGGGUUGAAGUCUCUUCUUGCUUUCAAAUAUACAGUGGAACAACAUCUCAGGAAAGCAGGUGCCUGCAGAAGCCUUCUCUGAAAUCUCUUCUCAGCUUAAUGUGGAAAUGCAGUAUCUCGCCAGCCCUAGAACUCUCUGGGAAAUUUGGAUUAUGGAUGAUUGGGUGGGGUGGUCUUCCCAUGGCUUCCUGCCCUGGUGAGAAAAGAAGAGCUUCUGUUCCAGCUUACCAUUUUAUCUUCCAUGUUCUGCAACUCUGACUUUUCAGAGUUUUAUGGAGAUAACAGAUCGCAGUGAGAUGGCAGGACCAAGAACUUCUGGCUACCACUUUGAUUUGUCCCAAGUCCACUGAUGUGUGGCUUUAAGCGUGCCUCUCCAGCUUCUAUCACAUGCUUCACACACAGAGUAGCCCUUAAUAAAUGAUUUGUUUUCUGA